CACCCCCAUCUCGCCACCGACCCCCGACGGCCAUGGACAGGCUGCACGACCACCACCAGUCCUACUCCUGGCACCAGUCUCACGACCAGGCGACCGUGCUCCUGCUUCUGCCGUACGACACCGCAGAGGACGACGUCGCCGUCAUCAUCGAGGAGGACUACCUCGUAGCGGGGGCACAUGGGCAGCCGCCUCUUGUAAAGGGAAAGCUGUAUAGCAAGGCUAAUACCUCUGCGUCCGUCUGGCAGCUCGAGCCCCGCACGUCCCGCCUCUCACAGCGCGAACGCACCACCUCCACGCUAUCCGCUACCUCCACCCAAUCUUCCUAUGCGUUCGUGUCGGAGCCCGAAAUCUCGAGCAGCUUCGCGGCCUCGCUCGAGGCUGGACUCGUCUCCGGCUCGGAUGUGGACGAUGCCGUACUGUCUUCUCCUGCGCUCUCGUCCCCCAUUUCGACUUCAACGGAUGAGCACAUUCACAUAGGACCGCCCUACGACCCUCGCCACCAGCGGCGCUCAAGAGCCUCGGUCUCGCCACCGGCGCGACAGUCCCACAGAAUUAGCCAAGCAUCUUCGUACUCGUCUUUAGAGUCACUGCACUCUGGCGCGGGGCGGCUGCUCACUAUUCACUUGGAAAAGGCAGAAUCUGUCAUUUGGCCUUCGCUCAUCGUCGGGCCGGUUCCCGAGAGCGUCUCUCCUACGCAGAGCAACAUGUACCCAUGGACAACGAGCGUCACCGAGGAGGCGAAGUACAAUAUGGACCCGACCAGUCUAGCUCUGAUCGCGCUAGACCUACAUGACAUCCGGAAAUCGAAAGAAGACGCGUUCGAGUACUUCAUUCGAGCAUGGCACCAAGCGCACCUUCCAUCCGCCGCAAUACGCCUCGCGACGCACUACCUCCCCCUGCGGACGCUGGUUGCCGAGGCAUCCGACGCUGCACCCGAUUCUCCGACGUCCUCCGUAGUAACGGUGUCUGCGAAGGCGUCCCGCUCCGCGCCCGCAGUACAGCCACUCACGCCCUCGUCCGCCCCAUCCACUUCCGCCCUCCAACUGACCUCCGUACCCCCACCCCCGGAGCCUCCAUCACUCACGGUUCCCCCAGGUACUGAAGAGUACUACCUCUCCCGCCUCGGUGGCGCGCACGGGCUCGCACAACUCUUCCUUGCUGCAGGGCUCUUACACCUCGAGGGCACGGCCCCCGCCCUGCUCGCGUCUUCCUACGCCGGCUUAUCUGCCCUCCGUGCACCCUUCGCGGGCCCCGCGUCCCUCACUACCUCGGCCGGCAGCAGCGCGGGAGGUGUCGAUGCGUGGCGCCGCGAUCGCGAGCACGCCGCGCGGUUCUUUCAACGCGCCCGCACGCUCAAUCCCGCGCUCGAUGUGCCACUUCUCCCCGCAGACCCCGAGUCCGAGUACAACUCUGGCGCAGAGAGCGGCGCGGGCGACGCACACGCGCACCUGCGCGAUAGGAGCCGUAGUCCCGCGUCGUCCCCUUUACGCCCGGCGGAGACAAGGCCGCGGAGACGCGGAGAGCGCCAUGCACGCACGGCGGCGGGAGGCACGCAGCUCGAGAUGCCUACGUUGGACGUGCGGCGAGGUGCGCCGCCUACGGAAGCGCCGCUCCCCCAGAUCCCGUCCGUUCGCAGGCGCAGGCCGCGCGUCUUGCGCGGACCAGCCGCGGACGGGGAGGAUGGCGAUCUGUCCAGCUCGAUGAUCGAGAGCGUCCAUGCGGACCCGGACUUGGGCCCGUCAGGGGAGGACGACCGGACGUGGUACCUGUACGUGCCCGGGCUGGUCGGGGCGGGCACGGCGCUGCUGGUCGUCGGGCUGCUGAGUCUGCAGAGCUGGCGCAAGAACCAGGGCUGAUAGCUGGGGAUACCAGGAUGGCUGUGUUUGGUGCUCGUCCGGCGGGAUUGGAGCUCGGCUGACGGGGGUAUCGGGAGGAUGUGUGGAUUUUGGACGUCUUGGAUUUACGUACGCACGACUUUGAACGAUAUCGAUACGACGGUUUCU